CAUUUGACGUCGCAGACUCCAACAGCUGAUCGUCUUUCGUCACCCAAGGCGCCACGAGUUUACAACACAGCACGAGUUUCACAGACCUGUUUCACCUUGUUAUGAACCCAGCGGGACACGAAGACAGCAGCAGAAGUCACCGUAGCGCUCCGAGAUGCCAAAAUAUUGUUCGGUCCCAAACUGCAAGAAUGACUCGGCGAGCGACAGCGACAGGAAAAGCUUCUACAGGUUCCCUCUUCAGGACCCAGUCAGGCUGCAGCAGUGGCUGAAGAACAUGGGACGUGAGAACUGGGUUCCCUCUCGACACCAGUAUAUUUGCCACGAACAUUUUGCACCUUCAUGUUUCAAAGUGCGAUGGGGGAUCCGUUACCUUGAGAGAGACGCUGUGCCCACUGUGUUUCAGGAGGCUGAGAAACGGAAAGCCACAGACAAUGGUGAGAAGAAACCAAAGCGUCUUCGAACUAGCUGUAAUCCAAGCGUAUCGGUAUCAGAUGACAAGACCAUGGUUUUUGACGCAGCAGACAUGCAAAACACAGUGCACACUGUGCACCUGUAUCAGAUUGCUGUCGACCCAUCGCAACAAGAAGAAACCAGCUUGGUGCAAUUGAGUGAUGUUGGAGAAUCUGACUGCUCUUUUGAGCCAGAACUAGACUCACUGGCAACAGUAGACAGAUUAGAAACGGGGGUAAACUUCCCUUUAACUGUUUUACACACAAUAGAUCAUCUAAGUAACAGUGGGGAGAAGACAGAGGUUGUAGUUAUGUCUCAAUGUCCUGCUGGCGAAGGGCAAGAUGAGCUUAUGAAUGAAAUAACUGCGGCCAUUUUAACUCAGGGACACAGGCUGGUAGUGAAUGACUCCACCCUUGAGUGCACAGAUGAGGCUGUGGCCUUAAGUGGAGUUGAAGAUGUGACGCAUACCACAGAGUUGUUCUCAGAUGGCGACGACGACAACCAUGAAACUCAAGUCAUUGCCUACUUCGAGACGAUACCGAAUGUUUUGCCCAAAGACACCAUUACCCAGUUUACCUUUUCACCAGAAACGGUACUAUCAUCGGCUCUGAGCUCCACACCCAUCACAUCCACUCUGCCUAUAGUGUCCAAACACGCAGCACCUUCCCCCACAUCCCUGGUCCUCACUAUGGAAAGACUGGAUUCUGAAGGAGGAGAGGGAGAUGAAGGCAAGUCGGAGGACGACGAUACAGAGCAAGAUUACCAGCUCGAGGAGCACUGCUACCACAAGAACAGUUUGAGUAAGGAGCAGCUGGAGGGAAUUGUGUGUGAGCUACAGAAAAAGGUGAAAGUGCUACAGCAGCGGCACCGAAGACACCUGGAAAAACUUGUUGGACUGGAGAACACGGUCAGCCAGCUGAGACAAAGCAAUCUGCUGAACGAAGAGCGUCUGCAGCUACUUGAGAGGGCGUACGUACAGACCAACGGAGCAGUGUCUGAUGCUGGUGAGACGGUCACCAUCAUCUAUGAGGAGGACGAUGCUGCUUACUUGUAUACACCACUGAUAGAUACAGAGGCAAAGCUGUGAGGCCUGACUGACUGCAGACAUCCCAUCUCUGCGUCUGUGCCAAAAAAAUAAAUAAAUGAAAGAAUAAUGGGGCUUAAGCUGUUGAAAACAAAACACUACAAAAUUUUGUUCUUUUCAGUUUUGUCUCUAAUCCAGAAAAAAAUCUGUUUGAAAUGUGACUGUGGGUUAGUCCAUCUGCUGUGAACUUUCAACAAAUACGGAUCAAUAGUGGGACAGUGUUGAAUGUGUUUACCCUUUCAGCCAAUUUUGAUUUGGUUUGUGGUAAUGUACAUAUAAUUAAAAUUACUUCAGUUUGG